AUGGGCAAGUUUCACGCCCGGUUAUACAAGACCGAUCGAGCGCGGGAUUUCGAUCAUGAACAGGAUCGAUAUGUACGCAUGCGCCAGAUCUAUGAAACCAUUGACCGACAAGGCUAUCAAUGGAUUGUCGUACUAGUUGCCGGUCUAGGCUUCUUCCUUGAUGGUUAUACUCUAUUCGCCAGUAAUAUGGCCCUUCCAAUGAUCUCCUACGUCUAUUGGAAAGACGAUACCUCCUCGAUCCGUCUGACCUGCAUCAACAUCGCAACCUUGGCUGGCACAUUGCUCGGUAUGGUGCUAUUCGGAUUUUUAGCGGACAAAAACGGGCGGAAGAAGAUGUACGGUGUUGAGCUGGUGCUGCUGAUUACCGCUACACUUGGCGUGGUCAUGUCUUCUGAAGGCAAAGAUGGCAGUAUGAACGUCUUCACAUGGUUGAUCUGGUGGAGAGUUUGUGUCGGCAUCGGUGUUGGCGCCGACUAUCCCCUCAGUGCUGUCAUCACAUCAGAAUUCGCUCCGACAAAACACCGUGCCCGCAUGAUGGCCAGUGUCUUCUUCAUGCAACCGCUGGGCCAAAUCGCGGGAAAUCUGGUCUCACUAAUCGUGAUCGCAGUCGGCAGAAACAGCGGCAGUGACGAUCUGACUCGCAGUGUCGACAGCAUGUGGCGGUGGGUUUUGGGUAUCGGCGUUGUUCCCGGUGCCAUUGCGACCCUCUUCAGAUUCGCGAUCCCGGAGAGUCCACGCUACCUAGUCGAGAUUGAGGACGACCCAGUUACCGCGGAAUUCGACGCAACAACUCUCUUCACUGAACCAUCUAUCAGCUCAGGCUUUGAUGCCCAGGGUUUUGGAAACAUUACUUCCAUCAUGGGAAAUUCGAUUAAUCUCCCACCUAUCUCCUCUCUGGCCAGUUCCUCUAUUCACGAAGACGAAGAAUUCAGCAGCUUGCCACCAGCGACCCUGAACUCGAACUGGCGGCUCGCGAAAUCCGACAUAAUCCGAUACUUCUGGACCGAAGGCAACUGGCGCAGUCUGGCUGGCACCACUAUUGCGUGGUUGCUCAUGGAUUUCGGUUUCUACGGCAUCAGUCUUGCCAGUCCGCAAUUCCUUGCUAAGACAUGGGGCCAGCUCCAUAUAUCAAAGUCAGAACCAUACUGGAUGAUCGAUUCCCGCGCAGGAGCUAGCGUGUACGACAUGUUCUUUGACACCUCCACUCGCGCUUUGGUGAUUCUCAACAUCGGCAGUUUUGUCGGUGGUCUCCUGCUUAUUAUUUUCGCCCACCGCAUCGAACGAGUAGCCUUGCAAAAAUACACCUUCCUUUGUCUAUCCCUGCUGUUCAUCGCACUGGGUAGUGUUUUCGUCUGUCUGAUAAAUAGUCCGCCUGUCUCGGUCACCCUCUACAUCAUCGGUCAGAUCCUUUUCAACUUCGGUCCGAACGCAACAACCUACAUGAUCCCCGCAGAGAUCUUCCCCACUCGUUACAGAGCCACUUGCUACGGGAUUAGUGCCGGUGCUGGCAAGCUGGGCUCCAUUCUCGUCCAAAUAUUCUCCACUUACUACCGUUUUGGCGGUGGUCUUGGAGAUGUAUCGACUCGCCACCACGGCAUUGUUCUUUUUGUUUUUAGUGCCUGUAUGAUCAUCGGUGCCAUUGUGACACACUUCUGGAUUCCUCCUCUCCAACAGAAAAAGGGCAACAACAUUCUGUGGGGCGGGAAGCCUUAUACUCUCGAAACGAUGGCCUUGGGUCGCAUGGGACGCAAGAGCCGAGAGGCUGGAAUUCGACAAAGAUCUACACGGAAACGUGCCAUGUCAUUUGGCGGGUAG